UUCUCCAUGGACACAUUCCCUUAGCACUCAUCAUUUGAACUCUUCAUGCAUAGAAUAUCACUUAACUAGGAUGUUCACACUAACCAUCAAUGGUGAAUUGCCCAUGUAUCUCACAUGGAUUCCAUGCACUAUAUACCUAUUUGCUACCUCCAAAAUUUCUAACAAACAUUUCUUCAUCUCAGUUACACUUCUCAAUGGUUGUUAGUGUGUACACUUCUGGUGGGGCUCCAGGGGUUGAUACAUUAACUCAACUUCAUCAUAUAUUAUGAUACCAGGGAAGAUAUUAUUGUGUGCAGCCUUUUCUAGCCCCAAAAGUCACUACCUACAGUUUAGGUUCGUGCUGACCCUUGAGACACUUUCUUGAUGGAUUAGCUGAAGUAGCCUUGUCUGAGAGUCAUGGCAAAGAAGAGCAGCUGGCUCACUGUGUUGAAAAGAUUUUUUGUUUCAGACACGGAAUCCAGACCAGAAAAGGGGAAGAGAAAGAGAUGGAUGCUUGGCUUGUUCAUGGACCACCCACCACCAAGAGAACAGCAACUAAGUGGAAAUACUGAAACAGAAGACAAGCGGAGCCACGGUGUUGUGAAUGUUGAAGUUUCAAGUUCUGAAGCUAAUGCUGCUUCUGUGCCUUCAACAGUACCUCGCUGCGUUGCCUGCCCACCUGACGCCAUUCGAUCUGUCAAUCAGCACAAGGAGGAAACCACAGAAUUGUCAGCACAUAAUCUUAAUGUCAAUGAUUCACAAUGCUGUUAUGAAUAUGACUGGGAGAUUCAAAACCUUGCUGCCAUUAAAAUUCAGACAGCUUUUCGUGGUUAUCUUGCAAAAAAAGCUUUGCGAGCACUGAAAGGGAUAGUAAAGCUUCAAGCUAUCAUUCGAGGUCAAGCUGUUCGACGUCAAGCUAUUGUCACCCUUAAAUGCUUGCAGUCCAUUGUAAGCAUCCAAUCAGAAGUCCGAGCAAAAGGCUGCAACAUGGAAAAGAAAACCCUGGAUGUUAAAGAAAACCAAUUCCAGGAUCCAACAGAGAAAGACAUAAGGAUAGAUUUGAACAGCCAGAGAGGGUGGGACAAUAGAAUUUUGUCAAAGGAAGAGGCAAAUGCUAAGUCCUUGAGCAAGAGGGAGGCCUCCUUCAAGAGAGACCGCAUAAAGGAGUACUGGUUAACUCAUCGGAAGUCAACAGAGUCAGAACAGGGUAAAGUUAAUGCAAGAAGAUACUGGUUGGAACAGUGGGUGGAUUCUCAGCUAGCUAAAAGAGAAGAUCUUAGAACUCUAGAUAUUUUUUCCACAAGUGCACGAAUGAGAGAGGAGUUUGAACAGAGAGAGUAUAAAUUAAGAAAUCUGCAGAAACAUCAACAGAAAGAAGGCUUGGUUUCUGCCACACAUGUUCCAAGAAGAUCAUUUCACCAUAAAAGGCAGCAUUCCACUGGUGAUGACAGUCCUCUUGUGGCCUGCCCUACUGUUCCAACUUAUAUGGCGGCCACCAAAUCGGUUGAAGCAAAGGCUAGAUCAAUGAGUUCACCAAGGCUACGCCCUAUAAACCUUGAUGUCUACUCUGAGAUUAAUUCUCCAUAUAGGUAUAAGCUCUCACCUAUAUCCUCUAUUAACAGUGAUGCCACAGUAAACAGCAUGAUUGGCGGUCGUCCAAGUUUCACCCAAAGAUCACCAGGUUUAAAGAGUGUAGCUGGUCCUGCAAGAUCAAAGCAAAAGUCUAAAGGAUAUUAAAUUGGAGCUCAAGUUCUUAUUGCCAUAUUGGCAUCCUUAUUGUGCCCGCAGAUGAUUAACGAUAAAUGAGAGCACGUGGAUCGUAAUAUUAGGAUGGCUUGUUUAAAUUUAAGAUUAUUAUAAAAUCAGUUUCAUAAUGUCUCAAAUGAGCAUGUAUUCCUCAAAGAUAUAAGCAUCUCAAGCUGGCUGUAAUUCCCUGUAAGUAUUACAAGUAAAAACUCUGAUGAGUAGUGCCAUGUUUAAAGGCUUUCUCUGGGAACUAAUGAUAUACUCCCUCCGUCCCA